AUGGCUCCUCGUCAGAAGAAACCUAACAAGUCCGAUGAUGAUGAUGGUGAUUUGCAUAGGAAGAAACAGAGCUUUUUCAAACAGAGAUUUCCAGGCUUUAAGAAGAAAGCCUCAGAGCUCUCUGUUCUCUGCGGCAACUCUGUCGGUUUCAUCUGUUACGGUCCCGACAACGAUCUCCAUGUUUGGCCUCAGUCUCAAGAUCAUAACCCACAAGCCCUACAUGAGAUCGUGGCCAAGUUCAAUGCCUUGAGUGAUGAGAGGAGGAAGAAUCAUGCAUGUGAUCUCAAUGACUUCCCUCAUCAUCUCAAGGGUUUGUCUCGUGAGGAGUUAAGGAAGCAUCUCCUUCACCUUGACUCUCAAUUACUUGGAGUCAGGGAACAAAAGAUAGAAAUUCUUAAGAAGACGCUCACGGGUUCUUCCGAAAAAGAUGGUGCAAGGGUUUCAGAGAACUCGGCCAUCUCCGAUCACAAGUUGAAGAUAGAGCCUAAUUUGACGGAUAUAUUGUCAGAAGAUCAUCUAAUUAGGGUUUCAGAUAAGAAGCUGGGUUCGUGUGAUGUAUUUGACGAGUUGGCUUACGUGGUCCGCGGGUCAAGGAAUUUGAACGAGAAUGUUUCCAAUUACGAAUCAAAAGAUGCAGCUUACACGGGAAUGGAUCAUCUUGGCACUUUCGGCGGUAAUUAUCUUCAGGAGGCGGCGGCAGAACUUUACCAAACUUACAAUCUAGGGAAUUUUUGUGAUGAUCAUGUUUGGGAUCUGGAGUUUGCCUCAAGACUACCACCACUUCAUACAUUUAGCGAUCCUCUCAUGACCACCAAUACUUGCCAAACGAUGAGCUCCGAUAUGAUUUCAAUUUGAUAACUUGAUGACUACGUUAGUGAAAUCAUGUUUCUUUCACCUUUUCUCGGUGAUUGAUCAUUUUUUAGUAUCUCUUAACUUGUAUGUUUGCUCCAACACAA